AUGAACAAGGACGUCAAAGCUUGGGCUCGGUCGUGUCUGAGCUGCCAGCGCAACAAGGUGCAGCGUCACAACAAGUCCCCACCAGGCACUUUCCCCAGUCCCGACGCACGGUUUAGCCAUGUGCACCUGGAUGUCGUAGGUCCCUUGCCUCCAUCCAAUGGUUUCACUCACCUCCUUACCUGUGUCGAUCGAUAUACUCGCUGGGCUGAAACUAUUCCUUUGCCGAAUGUUCAGGCUGAAACCAUCGUAAAGGCCUUCGUCAGUCGCUGGGUCGCCAUGUUCGGUGCCCCAUCCACGGUUACGACUGAUCGUGGUGCCCAGUUUGAGUCGACACUCUUCCAGACGCUGCUCAAUUUCCUUGGCUGCACACGCAUUCGGACGACAGCCUAUCAUCCAGCUGCCAACGAUAUGGUGGAACGUUUCCAUCGUCAGCUAAAGACCGCCCUGCGUGCCGUAGAAGACCCAGGAAACUGGUCGGACAACCUUCCUCUUGCACUCCUCGGCAUCCGCGCAGCUCUGAAGUCGGAUCUGGGCUGUAGUGCAGCUGAAUUGGUUUUCGGCACUACCCUAUGA